AUGUUCACAUUCGACAAACCCGGUGCUUCCGAAGCUGACACGUCUUCGGAACCACAAGUGAUUGAUUUAAACACGUUCGAGUACGAUACCGUGUCUCCUGAGGCACCGGCAGCCAGGAAGUCUCGAUUCUGGUUCUGGCCAUUUGGCGGCAACAGAAGCGCCGAAGAAUCGAUUGCAGCGUCAGGUCCUGAAGCAGUCGCCACUAAGGGAAAGCAGCCUAAGAAAAUUAACGACUCAACCAACAAGGUGAUUGCUAUGAGGAAGGUGCACGAUGAUGGUGUUGAGUUGGAAGAUGAUUUUAUUGACAUUCAAGUUCGGAAGCUUUCGUAUGCGGAAGUUGCCGCCCUCCAACUAAGGAAGGAUGGAGAACUUCUACCAGACUCUUCUAGAAAUGCGUCUUCGGGUGUUUCCCACAUUGACCCAGUUGUCGACCAAGACUUGGAGCUAGAGAAAUCCAUUACUGACGUUGAGUUUGCAGACAGCUACUCGAAGUCAAAGAAGUUCUCAAUCGACGAAUACGGCUGCAGGGAAUCCGCUUGGACGGAGGAGGAGCAGAUCCUUGAAGACUUCAACAAGAAGCUUCCGAAAAGGUUUGCCAAAAAUGGCAGAUACAUGAAGAAGAGAGAUACUCCAGCAGCAAAAUAG